AGCCACUUCCUGCCGGCUUUGGAGUGUUGGGUGGCGGGAUCGCGACGGUGCGGGUGCAGCUCGUGGGGGAGAAGCUCGAGGCGCUGAUCAGCGGGCGGCCAAGGCCGCGGCCAACGGCUGCGUGAUGCAGGUCUCCAGCGUGAACGACGUCAAGAUCUACAACCUGAGCUACGGCAGGUCCCUGCCCGAGUGGCUUUCGGAUAGAAAAAAGAGAGCAUUGCAGAAGAAUGAUGUGGAUGUACGUCGAAGAAUUGAACUUAUCCAGGAUUUUGAAAUGCCUGCAGUUAGUACCAAAAUUAAAGUUUCGCGAGAUGGCCAGUAUAUUAUUGCAACUGGGACAUACAAGCCACGGAUUCGAUGCUACGAUACCUACCAGUUGUCAAUGAAGUUUGAACGCUGCUUAGAUUCAGAAGUCGUCACAUUUGAAAUUUUAUCAGAUGAUUAUUCAAAGCUGGUUUUUCUGCAUUGCGACCGUUACGUAGAGUUUCAUUCACAGCAUGGACACUAUUAUAGGACGCGCAUCCCCAAGUUUGGUAGAGACUUCUCUUACCAUUAUCCAUCAUGCGAUCUCUAUUUUGUAGGAGCAAGUUCUGAAGUCUACAGAUUAAAUUUGGAGCAAGGACGGUUCUUAAAUUCCCUGCAGACAGAAGCUUCCCAGAACAAUGUUUGUGAUAUUAACCCUGCACACUACCUGUUUGCGACUGGGUCAACUGAGGGUAAAGUAGAGUGCUGGGAUCCCCGAACAAGAAAUCGAGUAGGAAUGCUUGACUGUGCCCUAAGUAGUGUGACUACUGAUACAGAGAUUGAUGGCUUGCCUUCUAUUUCUGCUUUGAAGUUUAAGGGAGCAUUACAUAUGGCUGUCGGCACUACCACGGGUCAGGUUCUAUUGUAUGAUCUUCGUUCAAAUCGUCCACUGUUCGUCAAGGACCAUCACUAUGGGCUACCUAUUAAAUCUAUCGAAUUCCAGGAUCUAUUAGAUUUGGUCAUUUCGGCAGAUUCCAGGAUUGUAAAAAUGUGGAAUCAGAAUACGGGGAAAAUGUUCACUUCAAUUGAAUUACCGAAUGAAAUCAAUGACCUUUGCCUUUAUCCCAACUCGGGAAUGUUCUUUCUGGCUAAUGAAUCGCCCAAGAUAAAUACAUUCUAUGUUCCUACUUUGGGGCCUGCACCUCGUUGGUGUUCAUUCCUGGAUAACUUGACAGAGGAGCUGGAAGAAAACCCAGAAUCUACAGUGUAUGAUGAUUAUAAAUUUGUAACCAAAAAGGAUCUAGAAAACCUAGGUCUUGAUCACCUUAUCGGCACCGCACUACUUCGGGCAUACAUGCAUGGAUUCUUUUUGGACAUUCGACUAUAUCACAAGGUGAAAACUAUGACAAAUCCAUUUGCUUAUGAGGAAUACCGAAAAGAUAAGAUCAGACAGAAAAUAGAGGAAACGCGUACUCAGAGAGUCCAAGUGCAGAAAUUGCCAAGAGUAAACAAAGAGUUAGCGUUGAAGUUUAUUGAAGAAGAAAAAGAAGAUCAAGUACAAAAGAAAAAGAAGGGAAAGAAUUUACCCAACAUUUUGCGAGAUGAGCGAUUCAAGGUAAUGUUUGAAAAUCCUGACUUUCAAGUGGAUGAAGCUAGUGAAGAAUUCAGGCUUAUCAAUCCAAUUGUGUCCAAAGCCUCAGAAAAAAGAAAGAAGAAACUUAAGCGACUACAAGAGCAGAUAGAGACUGGACAGGAAGAAGAAUUGGAAGGAAAACCUAGUGAUGCAGAGAGCUCGGAAAGUUCUGAUGAUGAUCGAGGCUGGGUUGAAGAGGUCCAAAAACAGCACAAACUCCUGCGCAAAGAAGAAAAGUUGAGGUUAAUGGAAAGAAAUCAACAAAGUCGUCCAAAACCCAAAUUCUUCGAGAUCAAAGCUGGAGAAGAGUUCAGAAGUUUUCAAGAUGCUGCCCAUAAACAAAAACUGCUCAAGACAACGCUUGAAGAUCGUCUGAAGCAGGAAGAAAAGUCUGGAACACUUCAUUUGUCUAAUACCACUGUAGGCAGUAAACAGUUAACAUUUGCCCUUAAAAAGUCUGAACAGCAAAAGAAGCGACAAGAUGCUGAGAAGCAACAUCAUGAAGAAAGAAGACGACUGAGACGUUCAGCAGAACACCUCCGAGGCAAAGCUUUGAAAAGAAAGUCAUCCUUCUAAAAACAGGAAUGUUUCUGUUUUAUUUCCAUCAGUGACGCAUUUUUAAAACUGCAUUGAAAGCAUCAUCGGUAAAAUGGAAAGAAACAUUGAAGGCUGCUCGUAGCGAGUAUGAACGUGCCAUCUGCAGCUUCAGACAACUUGAAAGAACUUGGUGUGGGACCUUGGAAAUUUGUAUUUUUGCAUCUCAUUUUCUGUGUACAGACUAAAUACCACGUAUAUUUAUCAGAACAUACCAAGAUACUCUUAACAAAAAUUCAAAAUAUUAUGUCCAAGUGAUUAUUCAGCAGCACCUGUUUUACCUCUAAAUCAGCAUUUUCUACGAGCUAAUUGUAAAUGGUCUUUCAUAAUUUAGCUUUAUUCUUAAUUAAACAAUUGAAUUUGUGAUAUGGAAA